AUGUAUUUAUCGGCAACUGGGCGUUAUGAACGAGAACGGGUUGGGACGAGAGAAGAGAAAGAAAAAAGCCUUCUGUUCGUGUUUCUAAAUUUAAUCGCUUUAGGGCUAAAGCCUCUGGCGUUAUCUCUGCUGAAUACCGCGAACAAACACAUAGACUUCACCAACAGCGACAUUAACAGCGACUGUGCCGGCCACUUUACAUCACCUGAUCGUGAGUCAGUGCUAAUCAAUACAGAACGCAAGUCUUCAAAAGGGAAAAAUAUCGGUUACGAUGUUUUUAAGGAAAUCAGAGGAGAAGAAGACUUUGACAGGAAAAUGAAGGAAGCAGAUAAGGUUCCCUCAAGAGGCAUUUUUGAUGGUGUUAAGCUCAGGGUCGAGACAGAGAAAAUUAAAUUUCUCUUUGGUGCCGCUGCAAUGUGCACUGGAAAACGACCUACUCAUGCGAUCGGCGUUGGAGCCCAGGGCUUCGCAACAAUUGUAGCUACGCUCCAGUUUCCUGAGUGUGAGUUCUUCAUUCCUGGCAGAACUUUCCCGGUGUGCGUUCGACAUUCAAUACUUAAGUCCAUCGAUGAUGCGAUGUUAGAUUUCUUGAGCGCUUCUAUCCGAUUUGCUGAUAGUGAUGAAGACUCCCCACUUGAUAUUACAAUGUCGACUGGGAGAAGCAGGGUAUUGAGUAAUGUACAGUCGAUAUAUAAUGCGCUGAAAGCUAAUCGGAGUGGUAACGUGAAAGACUUUUACCUGGAUAGCCCUGACAUGGCGACUCUGGAGCUCAUCAUGGAUACUCUGCCGAACAAGAGUCAAGCUGGUUGGCAUAUUGCUACCAUGUACGCUCUGACGCGAGUAUCAGAGGACGAGCGUUUCAUCGGAGACUACUCCCAAAGUCCCCUGAUGGGCAGUGAAGUAGAAGAUGCUAUUUCUCGUUUUCAGUCUUCCCUCCAGAGAGUCUCUGAAGAGAUCCAACAACGCAAUGCAUCAAUGGAAUUUCCUUAUCCUUACUUGUUACCAGAGAGGAUGCCAAACAUUUACGCAGCGGAGCCUCUUUGUUUAUUUUACGUGAAGAGCUCUGGGGAUCUGGUGCCUAUUGCUAUCCAGCUGUUCCAACAACCCAGCAUGACCAACCCAAUAUGGACUACUAGAGACUCAUAUUAUGAUUGGCUGCUGGCAAAAAUGUGGCUCCGCAACGCUGACAAUCAAGUACAUCAGAUGGGGACUCACUUAUCCAAAACUCAUUUGCUUAUGGAAGCGUUUGCUGUUGCCACAUGGCGUCAGCUGCCAUCAAUCCAUCCAGUCUUCCAACUUCUGUUUUCUCAUCUCCGCUAUGUCAUGGCCAUUAACACCUUGGGAAGAAAUGAACUGAUUGCACAAGGAGGUAUCGUGGACAAGACUCUUAGCAUAGGAGGUGGAGGUCACAUUCAACUGCUAGAAAAGACGUACAAGAAUUUCAAAUUUGAGAUGUUCUCUUUGCCAGACAUGUUGAAGAAGAAAGGUGUUGAUGAUAUUGAGAAGUUGCCAAAUUAUUAUUACAGGGAUGACGGACUUCGCUUGUGGACAGCCAUCUCAGAUUUCAUCCGGGAAUUCAUCGGCAUUUUCUAUCAGUCAGAUGAUGACGUAGCCAAGGAUUACGAAAUACAGUCCUGGGUGAGAGAAAUCCACGACGAUGGCCUCCCUGUUAGAGAAGGUGACGUAGAUCACGAGUUUCCCGACAGUUUGCAAACACGUGAUCAGCUUGUUCACAUGUUGGUCUGUGUUGUGUUCACAUGCUCGUGUCAACACGCAGCGGUCAACUUUUCCCAGAUGGAAUUCACAGCCUUCAUACCAAAUGUUCCGCCAGUCAUGCGUCUGCCAGCACCCACAAGGAAAAACCAGGCGACUCUGGAGCUCAUCAUGGAUACUCUGCCGAACAAGAGUCAAGCUGGUUGGCAUAUUGCUACCAUGUACGCUCUGACGCGAGUAUCAGAGGACGAGCGUUUCAUCGGAGACUACUCCCAAAGUCCCCUGAUGGGCAGUGAAGUAGAAGACGCUAUUUCUCGUUUUCAGUCUUCCCUCCAGAGAGUCUCUGAAGAGAUCCAACAACGCAAUGCAUCAAUGGAAUUUCCUUAUCCUUACUUGUUACCAGAGAGGAUGCCAAACAGUAUUGCGAUCUAAAACAAAGUGUUGAUUAAGGCCUGCUUCUAGAUCUUAGUUUUAUCCCAUCCUAGAGGAAAAGGAACAGUUUUCAAGUUUGUGAUUUUGUUACUAGUUUUCAGGUAUGCCACUCAAACAAACCAAACAGAUACUCCGUAUAUUAUAGCAUGGUUAGAAAACGUAGACUAGUGAGACCAGUAAGCUAUCUACAAACAAAUGGCCACGGUGCUGAACUCGAGACUAACAAGAUCCAACGAAUCAAACUACUGGCAGGGUAAAGAGCUUGAAGACGAGAUCUGCGGCUCACAAGACCAGUGAUUAGUACGUCGGCCAAGCUGCCUUCUUUAAUUAAGGGUUACAAAUUUCUACAAUACUCAAGAAUGACAAUCUGUAAUUUUAUGCGUUAUCCCAUGAUUGCCAAUAAACCACGUCAAUCAGAAGUUAAUUAACUUAUUAUAUCACAGAGAAAAUCAUAUCACUGUGAUUGGUUAAGAGCAGGCAGAUACAAUGUAUUUUUAAUUUGCACUGUAGCGCAA